UCUGUCACAAAGAUGGCUGCACCCACAGCUGAGGCCAAGUUCCCAUAAGGAGCCUUAACGAACAAUCAGCAGGGACCUGAGGCUACGCCCUCCCCCGCUGCCAUGGGGCUUGACAGGGGACCUCAGGCCACGCCCCCCACCCGGCAGGGCUUCACAGGGGACCUCAAGAGGAGGCUGGGGAGUGGUAAUCGUGUCAUUUGGAGUCAGCGGCAGAGAGCUCAGAGUGGAGGGCCGACGGCAAAGAAGGACCAGAAGGACCGGAGGCCCAGAAGCUGGAACAAGAAAGGGCACGGCUCUGCUGAGGCUGAGGAUCUCUUUCUCUCUUCUCCUCGGAAGCCCUCCUUCCCUUUCCAAUGGGCCUGGGAGAGCUACACCGCAGAGGGCCAGGCUCCACGCCAGCCCGGCUCCCUCUCCGCCCCGGCGGCCCCGCAGCACAAGUUCAGCCGUAAGUGCACGGACAGCUCUUCAGAGGCCCGUGACUUAUUCUGGAAGAUGAAGGUGCGAAACCUGGAGAGGAGACAGCAGCUCGAGGCCUGGGACGUCUCCAUGCCUUCCGGCCAAGGGGAGGGCCAAGAGCUGGAGCUGCCCAGUGAGUGUGGCCUGCAGCCGCCCUACAAGAAGUCAGGAUCAGGGUUGGAGUCUGAGGAGGCUGCUGAGGAGGAAGCUGAGGAGGCUGAGAGUGGUCUGAGUUCUGGGGAACUGCCCCAGCCUCCCAGGAGGAGGUCGAUGUUGGAGGAGGAAUGGUUUGAGUCAGAGGAGACAGAGGAGGCCGAGGAGGCUGAGGAGGCCGAGGAGGCUGAGGAGGACGAGCACAGGGCCCCCCGCAGGAGGAGGGCGGGUUCUCGGAGAAAGGGGUGGAAUGCCUGCGUGGAGGCCUCCGAGGAGCGUGAACUGCAGUGCCCACGGAGCAAUCCCAGCUCCAGUGACCCCCAAGGGCCGCAGAGGCGGAAGGCAAGAGCCACGGAGCUGGAAGGGAUGUGGGACCUGGAGAAGAUGAAGAAGCAGUUAGAGCAAAACUUGGAACGUGGCCUCAAAAAGCAUCCCUGGAAGGCGUGGCGGAUUGCCGUCCAAAACUACAACCGCUGUGGGAAGGCCCAGGCCCUGGGAGAAGACGAGACACUGUUUGCCAGCUUCCCUACCCGCACCUUCCACAAACGGCAGGAGGCCAACAGAAGCAUGCUGCAGGCCUGGGAGCGGCGGCAGCAGGAGGAGCAGCAGCAGGCUGAGCAGCGGAGGACCCGGGAGCAGCAGGUACAGCAGCAGGUGGCCCGCUGCCUGGCAACCUAUGCACCCAGGAGUCAAGGGCUGGGGGCUGCCCAACGCAAGCUGGAGGAGCUGAGGCGCCAGGAGCGGCAGCGCUUUGCUGAGUACCAGGCCGAGCUGCAGGGCAUCCAGCACAGGGUGCAGGCCCGGCCCUUCCUGUUCCAGCAGGCCAUGCAGACCAAUGCCCGGCUCACGGCGACCCGGCGCUUCUCCCAGGUGCUGUCGGCUCUGGGGCUGGAUGAGGAACAGCUGCUGGCUGAGGCUCGGAAGGGGGAUGCCAAGGGCACUUCCCGGAAACCCAGGAGCCAACGACCAACAGGGGAGAGGAUGGAGCACUCUUCUCAGAGCCCCCCCGAGACAGGAACCACUGGCCGCCAGCCUGAGAGGCACUCCACCCCAAGCCUGGACUGGGGAUCCAGUCCCUUAGAUAAAAAUUAAAGGCUUAA